AUGCCGCCUCUCAUCACCCAUCUCUACACUGCCGAUCCCUCGGCUCAUGUCUUUGAGGGAAAGGUUUACAUCUACCCCUCCCAUGACCGCGAAACCGACAUUCAAUUCAACGACAAUGGUGAUCAGUACGACAUGGAAGACUAUCACGUCUUCAGCACCGAGUCGCUCGAUCCUCUUACCCCCGUAGUCGACCACGGCGUCGUUCUCCACGCCAAAGAUGUUCCCUGGGUGUCCAAACAACUAUGGGCCCCCGACGCGGCCUUCAAGAACGGGAAAUAUUAUUUAUACUUCCCUGCGAGGGAUAAGGAGGGCAUUUUCCGUAUUGGAGUGGCUGUUGGAGAUAAACCUGAAGGACCGUUCACUCCCGAUCCCGAUCCCAUCAAGGGGAGCUAUAGCAUCGAUCCAGCAAGCUUUGUCGACGAUGAUGGGAAUGCCUAUAUUUAUUUCGGUGGACUUUGGGGUGGACAGUUGCAGUGCUAUCAAGGUGGUCAUGAUGUUUUCGACCCAUCGUGGUCUGGGCCAAAGGAACCGAGUGGCGCUGGUGUCCACGCCCUAACGCCUCGAGUCGCGAAGUUGACGGGGGAUAUGAGGCAAUUUGAUGGUGAAGUGCAGGAGGUGGUUAUUCUGGCACCUGAAACGGGAGAGAAAAUCCUGGCUGAUGAUCAUGAUCGCCGCUUCUUUGAGGCGGCGUGGAUGCAUAAGCGGGGCGGGGUUUAUUAUUUCUCGUACUCGACUGGGGACACGCAUUAUUUGUGCUAUGCCACUGGGACGAGCCCGCUGGGUCCGUUCACGUACGGAGGGAGGAUUUUGGAGCCGGUGCUUGGGUGGACGACGCAUCAUUCUAUCGUGGAGUUCCAGGAGAAGUGGUAUCUGUUCCAUCAUGAUUGUGAACUUAGUGGCGGAGUAGAUCAUCUCAGGUCCGUCAAGGUCAAGGAGAUCUUCUACGACAAGGACGGGAAAAUCGUGACAGAAAAGCCUGAAUGA